CGCCGCACUCGCCGCUCGUCUCCCGUCUCCCGCCCGCGAGCGUUCAGUACGGAGGUGUCCGCGGGCGAGGCGGCACGUGCGGUGCACGCCUCGCUACAUUGUAUUGUUUUGGCUGUGUAACCAUUGUUUUAUUCCAUCCGAAUGUAAUCAAUACGAUAUAUGAGUGUAAUACGAAGCCUGCAUUAUUUGUUUGAUAGUGCGGAAUUGUGCAACGACAAUAAAGUUCUUAUCUACACGGAUAAGUACACGGUGGCUUAUUGACAAGUGAAACUCUGAUCGUCCCAUUCAUAUAGGACAGUUUGUGUUUUGUUGUUGAACCGUAAAUGUGCAGUGAUCUUUGCUGUUAAUAAUAGCAUGCAAAUCAAUAACCAAGUGGAUGCCCAACUCCGAGCUGCGAAGAGCUCUUGCCGUGCGGUUUAUAACACGGUUGAAUAUUGAUUGGUCCAACCGGGAUCACUGGAAACUGUCGUCCCGUUACGAUUUGAACGGCUGGACAAAUAUCUAGAUUUACCCGAGUUAUUCCUUUAUCUACGGAUUUAAUUAAUAUAUCACGUGUCAACCUAUAUUCACGAUGCUUCGGCCAGACGAGAUUGUCAGAUAGUCGUCCCGUCGCAAACAUUAUGGGUGCAAAUAUGGGCAAGAACUCGAGCCUGCUCGACGCGCUGCCUUCCACGCAGGGCACGCUCCAUGUUGUUAUGCUGGGCCUCGACUCCGCCGGCAAAACUACAGCGCUCUACAGGCUCAAAUUCGAUCAAUAUCUUAACACCGUCCCGACUAUAGGUUUCAACUGUGAGAAGGUUAAAGGCACAAUCGGAAAAUCUAAAGGUGUUAAUUUCCUCGUAUGGGAUGUAGGUGGACAGGAAAAGCUCCGACCGUUAUGGAAAUCAUACACACGCUGCACCGAUGGCAUUAUAUUUGUUUUAGACUCCGUUGACAUUGAGAGAAUGGAAGAAGCUAAAAUGGAACUCAUACGUACAGCCAAAUCACCAGACAAUGCAGGAGUUCCAAUACUCGUUCUAGCAAACAAACAGGAUUUGCCAGGAGCGAAGGAACCCCGUGAAUUAGAAAAGCUACUAGGAUUACAUGAACUUGUGUCUUCACCACACGGUUCACGCGAUGCGCACUCGUGGCAUGUGCAACCGGCUUGCGCUAUUACUGGCGAAGGUCUUCACGAGGGACUUGAAGCAUUAUACGAGAUGAUACUCAAAAGAAGAAAACUGGCCAAGUUACAGAAAAAAAGAGUCAGAUAAAUGGUUAUUUUUGUUUGACUUAUAAAAUAGUCAAUAGGAGUAGAAGUGUUAUAUAAUGCUCAUGGUAUGGAUAUUCUAAUAAUAUCCUCAAUGAACACCAAAUAUUGUUUUACUAUAGGUUUAUAACGUCUUAUGAAGAUAUUCCAUCAGUGUUGCUCAAAUUUUAUUGAUCAUUUUGAGGUGAAAGAAUAUUUUGAUAAAAUUUGUUUAACCGCUAGAUAUUUUCUUUUGAAAAUAGCUAGAGGAUUAAUAAUAAAAACGCAAACUCAAUUUUAAAAGGAUUUUUUUGCUAUAGUAGCACCAGGUUUUGUAGCUUAUAUACAUUAUAUAAUAUACAUCGAUUGUUUUUGCUAUAAAAAUAGUUUAAAUCACAACUAAUUUAGCAAACUCGUUUUCCUUUUAUUCGGCAUAUUUCAUUAACAAAUAUUAAAAUUUUCUUUCAAGGCCACUAUAAUACAUAACUAUAUGUUUACUAAACUAUUUAAAUAUUAAAUACCAAAGGUAAUUUUCGUCUUUAAGAAUCUGAAUGUACUUUGUCCAUAAAAACAUUUUAACCGUCUGAGUUACAGCCACGUAAUUCAUAAUCUCUUCUUGAUGAUGGCCCACUGUAGACUUAGGUAACGUGUUUCCUUACACUCGUCACCAUUUUCAUUCUUACUAUUUCAUUCUUGUACAUAAAUACC